UCUAGCUUUUUUUUUUUUUUUUUUUUGUGGAUGAUCUUCUGGUGAGGUCUCCAGCGGCUGCCGCUUUGCCACAUUUGGAGCGUGUUUUCUUGAAAUAAUUUCACUUAUGUUGCCCCAUAUUCCAUCUUUUGGUCAUCUAUAACUGGAACUCCACACACAUUUGUUCAUUUAUUGGUCCAAACUCGAUUCUUUUCAUGUGAGCGACCUUGAUCCACUCCUGACUAUCAGCCUGCAGCUCCACCUGUCUGACAAGCAGCAUAAAGACACAAGUGCAACAACAUACACCUGCAAAGUCAGCUACUGAAACGACCUGUAAGUUGUUUAACUGGUCCGACUGAGGGGCGACUAUCCGCUGACAGCAGUUAGCCAGACCAAAGAUCAGCCAUGUUGAUCGUCUUAGCCUUCAUCAUCCUCUUUCAUCUGGCUGCGGCCAUCCUGCUCUUCGUUGCCACCAUUCACAAUGCGUGGUGGAUGGUGUCGCCAGCCGGCCGUGAUGUGAUCUACACUGACUUGUGGUACUCCUGUAACUCCACCUGCUACCCUGUUGAGAACAGCCACACUGUUGAAGCAGCCUAUCUGCAGGCGGUCCAGGCGACUAUGAUCCUGGCCACCAUUUUAUGUUGCGUCAGCUUCUUUGUCUUCAUCCUUCAGCUCUUCAGGAUCAAACAGGGAGAGAGAUUCAUUUUCACAGCCAUUAUCCAGCUAUUGGCAUCUCUAUGUGUGAUGAUUGCAGCGUCCAUCUACACGGCUGAGAAAAACAGCUUCCAUGUGACCAGCCUUAAGGAAGGCUCCUAUGGCUCCUCUUACAUUCUGGCCUGGAUCAGCUUCCCCAUGACCCUCAUCAGCGGCCUCAUGUACCUGGUGCUCAGGAAACGCAAAUAAAUGUGAUAGGCUUAACAUAUUCAAAUAUAUAAAAUAAGAAUUUGGUUACAUAUGCAUACAAGUAAACAAUUUUCCCCAAUAAACCUGCAUUCCCUCUCUAACCCUUAGAUGUUUGAAGUAUUAGAAUUAAGAAAAUCCACUACAAAUCCUGCAUAAUUCUUAGUUGCAGGUUCAGAAUCAGACAACACACCUAUCAAACAUCCAGCAACAGAUGUGAAACCAAAAUAGUCACCUAUCCCUUUCCUGAUGGUACAUUGUCCUUACUGAAUGUGGCAUAGAUGUAUGAGGGCUCACUGACACUGCCAGUGUGUUCAACUAGUAGAAUGUACUAUUUAAUUUCCUAACAAGUGCCUCAUAAGUGUAGUUGGCAGAUUACUGACAAAAGCACCUUAUCCUUAUUUUCCAUGUAUUAUAGCAACUGAAAAUGUCUCUGGAAAAAUUUAAGGUGACAAAUACUAAUUUGAGACGCAGAAAAAUGCUUUUGCCAGCUCUAUAAACUGUGCAGGUUCAUUUCUACUCAAAGCUAAUGCACAGUGUCACCGCUUUCUUACUGCAUUUAGUGAGAAUGUACCUUCACGAUCCUGUUUUCCCCUCAGCAGAAACUCAAGAACUGAACUCGAUUCCAAGCACACUGAUCUGUCUCCUCCUCUUAUGUCAUUGUCUCCUGUUUUCUACCAACUCCAUUCAUAGGAAUGUUUCAUCACCACAGAAAGAAGUUGAAUGAGACAAGCGUGGAGAUUUGUCUGACUGGACACAACCCCUGAACUUCCCAAAGGGUCCAUACUGUUUUUGUGAAGCUUUAGUCAGCAGAAUUGAUUUUGUACAUAUUUGCUGUGUGUAUGUAUAGUUGAGGUAAGACUCAUAAUAAAAUUAUAAAUAUAAAAGAAAAAUAAAAAAUCCUGUGUUAAUCAUAGCAAACAAGAAGUGUAGUGAAGUCGUAGUUGACAUAUAAUAUGUAGGAUUUUUAACCUUUUGUUUGUAUUCUUCUGUUACUGACUUGUGUUUUAACGGUGAGAAAUGAACCAAUGAUGUGCUGUGAUAUUUGGGAUUUAAAAUUACAGAGUAGAAACAACUUGAAAUAAGAAUGAACUUUUUUUUUUCGCUAUUAUGAAGCCUUUUUGUUCGCAGCUUCACUGCAUAAAAAGACUAAAUUUAUUUAUUGUUUAAAACCACUGUUGUGUUUGUAUUUUAGCAUCAUGUGACUGAAGAUGUAUGAAGAAAAUCUUGUCAUAUUUUUCCCCUCGCUGGCCACGCUGCUGUUUGAUCCAUGACUGGAACAUUUCUAACACCUCUAUGCACACAGGCUCCAUCAUUUAAUAACAGUAAAUGUGGUACUGUAUUGUAUCUGCCACCAAAUCCCAGAUUUAUUUCUUACAACAGCCUUUAGGUCAACAUUGGCUGGUGUUAGAUUUGGGGUGAAACCGUCUCUGGCUUGACUUGUGAUAGAAAUGUUGGGUGGAAUUUGGACCACAGAGCCUCACCAGUAAUGAAGAUUCAGGGAAAAUAAAAUGGAAAUGAAGUGAUUUUGCUCUGCUAUCUCAAGCUGAUACUUGAAAAUGAACAAAACAACAUGUUAGAGGCCAAGAUUGUGAUGUUUGUAACUUUUUUUUGUAAAGAUGUCAUCUUAAGAGUAUUUCAGUAAUUAAUAAGCCUCCUGUUUGUGAGCAAAUAUUCACCUUAUAGCAAAUCCCAAAAUUUGAGAUCAAAAGUCAAUUGUAAAUCUUUUUAUUAAUAUGAAAAUGUUAAAUUUAACUUCGGUGCACAUUCAGUUGCAGAUGUUCAACAGAAAUCACAGCAAUCUGUCUUUAAAAUGAUUGAUUAGACCAUUUUUUAAAAAUAUAUUGUGUUUUAUAUAAUUAUAGAUUUAAUAGAUGGUAGUCAUGUGUAGAGUUCUAUGAAUAAUCAAACGGCCAUACUGGCAAAUAAUCAUGACUUGUUGAAGUCAAAACUGUAUUUAUAUGAAUUUUUGCAGUUGAAAUAUUUCUAAUGCUUACUUAAGUAUUAAUUCCAAAUCGAUUGAGAAUCUCAUGUUUCUCUAUAAUGUUUGUCAAUGUUUGAAGAACUUAAACAACUGUUUAUUUUACAGCAUGCAAUUUUUUUUAUGUUAGCAUUGACACAUUCUUGCAUUUUAGUUUCUGCUUUUUACAAGAUCCUCUGCUUUUAUUGUUUUUUCGGACAUUAAAUUACAACUUGCUAUUUAUUUUGACCUCUGUUGCAACAUCGAUGGCAGCUUCUGUAAUUUGUAAGAUAUCCCUCUGUGUUCAUGUGGUCACGUGUCAUCAAGCUAAAAUGUUUGUCUGCUACUGACACCCAGUGGACUGCACCAUGUGUCGGUGUUAAUGUCAGGUUACAAUCUAAGUUGCUGCAAGAUCCUGUAAAACACUCCUGAAAAUAAUGUGUUUCUGCGUAUUGAAUUCUGCAAAUCUCGGAGCAGCGGAUUGGUCAAACAUCCACCGAAUUCAGGAACAAAGACUCAUCUCUCCUGCAAGAAUUUAUAGGUGCUUGUGUUUUUUUCCCUCCACUUGCCCAGUUAUGGAUCUAAAUAAACAUAUUUUACAAAAAAUACA